AAUGGUAGCAGUAAAAAAAGGUUCCAAAAAAGAAAUUAAAACCAAAAAAAUCAAAAAAGUCUCCGAAGGUCGUGGCAUCAUUAACGGUCAUUUUAGUUUUAACAAUACUAUUCUUAAUUUAAGUAAGAAAAAUGGUGAUGUGCUAACGCAGGUUAGUGCGGGAAGUAUCGACCUUGGCAAUAACAAAAAAGUUAGUGGCACUAAAAAAGCCACUGCUUUCAUGGCGGAAAAAGUUGCCGAAGAAAUAAUUAGAAGAGCCGGUGAAUUUGGAGUUCACAAUGUUGAAAUCCAAGUCAAGGGAAUUGGGGCGGGUCGCGACUCGGUAAUCAAAAGAAUCUUGGAGGAAAAAUCUUUGCAGGUGGAAGGAUUAAUUGAUAGAACUCCGAACCGGCAUGAAAUAAAAGAAACAAUUCUUAAAGAUAAACCUCAUAGUUCUUCUUUCGUUUUUUACCAUUUGCCCGCGGGGAUGGGGGUGGUUAUCGGUAAUUACUUACGACAGUUUCUCCUAAAAUAUACUAGCGGAACAGCCCCAUUAGGAGUAAAAAUUAGCGAUAAGAACGGUUCAAUAGAAAGUGAAAUUAGCGUCCUUUCAGGAGUGGUUGAGACAACUCCCUAUUUCAUUAUCAAUUUGAAAAAGAUUAUCGUGGAGCAAAAGAAAAAAAAAGAAGGAAUUUUUUGCUUGGAAUUGAAAGUUGAGAAUAAAGAAAAGAAAGAAAGGAUAAUCACCGCUG